AUGGGCAACUACAUGUCGAAGGUUCGAGGGCUCGUGGCGGACGCGCGCGUGCUCGCAAAGUUCAUGAGGACCGAGUGCAUCAACCACCGCUACGUGUACGACGAGCCGAUGCAGGUCGGCCGGCUUGUGCUGAAGGUCGCCGACAAGUCACAAGUCGGCACGCAGCGGAUCGGGCAGCGGCCGUACGGCGUCGGGCUGCUUGUGGCGGGCGCGGACGCGCAGGGCCCGCACCUGUACGAGACCAAACCCUCUGGCGUCUACUUCGAGUACGUUGGCAUGGCGAUUGGCGCGCGCUCGCAGGCGGGGGGGCGCACCGGCGUCGAGAUCGCGGGGCGCACCUACCUCGAGAAGCACUUCGAGUCCUUCGAGUCGCUCGGCCUCGACGAGCUGAUCGGCCACGCGCUGCUCGCGCUGAGGGAGACGGUGGGCUCGAGCGGCGAGCUGACGAGCAGCAACGUCGCCGUCGGGUACGUCUCUCAGGACACGCCCUUCACCAUCCUCGAGGACGAGGCCGUCGCGGCGCACGUCGACGCCGUCAAAAAGCCCGAGGAGGGGGCGCCCGCCGCGGCGGCUGCCGGCGACGCUCCGGCCGCCGACCCGCCAGCGAUGGAGACGGACUAG